AUGGAUCAAAGAUUUAAUGAUAGCGCAUUGGAGCAUUAUUUAAAUAGAAGUGGUGAUUAUUCAAAUGAUUCAGGUGAAGAAAGAGAAGAAGAGGAAGAAGAAGAGGAAGAUAGAAUAAUAACUACAACAACUACAACAACUACAAAUACAUCAUCAUCACCACCAUCAUCAUCAUCAUCACCACCACCACUACCACCACUACCUCCAUAUGAAAUUAAUUAUGAUUUUGUAGAGAAUGCAGAAGAAGAAGAAUAUAUACAAAGACAAGUUCAAAGUGAAUCAAUUAGACAAGAGAAUAAAAGAGAAGAGAUGGAAAAUCUUUAUUAUUCAAUUCAUAAUAAUAUAUUUUCAAAUAUUUAUGCUGGUGGUGAAUUAACAGCAAAACAACAAGCAUAUAUUCAAAAACAUCAAGAUAUUAUCUCUGAUUUACCUUAUGAAGUAUUAUGUAAAAUUUUAUCAUUUUUAGAUGUAAAUACUUUAAUUUCAACAUCACUAGUUUCAAAUUUAUUUAAUAAAAUUUCAAAUUCAAAUGAAAUUUGGAAACCAAAAUGUAAAACAUUUAAUAUUGAAGAUAGUGAAUAUAUGUUAAAAAAAGCAACUAUUUAUACAUCAAGUCCAAAACAAACAUCAAUUAAUAAUGUGGUAAUUAAUGAAAAUAAUGAAACAAUUCAACAAUCACCAAUAUUUUCAAAUACAACAGUAUAUGAUUUAAAAUCAUCAUUUAUGACUGCCCAUACAUCAAGAUUCUAUACUGAUGAUUUAGAACCAUAUUAUGAUAAUGUUGAACAAUAUAGCAAUGGUGACGAUGAAUAUGAUGAUGAAGAGUAUGAUGAUGAUGAUGAUGAUGAUGAUGAUGAAGAAUUAAAAAUUGAAAAUGGAUGGAAAAAAUUAUAUAUUGAAUUAGGUUCAAUUAAAUUAUAUGGUACAUAUGAUUUAAUAGUUAAGGGUAUGGAGUCAUCGACAUGUGAUAGUCCAAGUCAAACAAUUGAAAAUACCUUAAGUAACGGACACGCAUUCUGGAGUUCCAAAGGAUCAUUGACAAGUCAAGGUAACGAAUAUUUAAUAUACAAAUUGGAACAACCAAUUUGUAUUGUGUCAUCGGUGGUGUUAAGUGCAUAUCGUGCUUUGUUUCAGUCUGGGUUCCCAACUUAUUCACCAAAAGGUGUUAUUAUAAGUGUUGGCUUCUCAAUGGACCAAUAUCAUUACAAGUCUGAAUUAUUCCCAUGUGAACAAACUGAUUCACCACAAACUUUCAAAUUGGAGCCUUCAUUAGUCCUAGGUGGGUACAUUAGGUUAGAUCUAAUUGGUAAAUAUCAAACUCAGUCAAGUGAUAGACAGUAUUAUCAUGCAAUUAAUCAAAUUCAAGUAGAGGGUGUACCAAUUGGUUCAUUAGAAAGUAAACCAAAUCUAUCAUUAUCAAUGCUACAAUUUUAUUCAAAAUUUAAAUCACUUUCAACUUUAAUUCAUUAUAAUAAUAAUAAUAUUAAUCAUCCACCAAAUAUUGAUAAUUCAAUUUUGACAACCACUACUACCACCACAACUACCACUACUACGAGUACUAGUACUAGUACUACAGGUAAAGAUGAAUUUACAUAUAAAGAAAUUUUAUCAAAACUUCGUAGUUAUAUGGCACCUAAAUUGGAUAAAGCACGUAUAAAGAAACAGAAUAUUUAUAAUGUUAUAAGUGAUAUUGUUGAAGGUCGUUUUGAACAAGCUAUUGAUACAAUUUUUAAGAAUGAUUUAAGAAGUAAGAAAAUAUUUAAUAUUUGUGUUCAAUCAAUUAGUGGUAAAAGAUUCUCAACUGAUGAAACUUUGUUUUUGGCAAAUCAAGCUUGUUUAGAUGGAAAUAUCACCAUUUUCACUAGACUACUACUAACAAGUAGAAUAUCACCUUCACCUGAUUUAGGUGAUUUAAUGCUAUCAAAUGGUUAUGCAUUGAUUGCAGCUGAAAUAUUUAGUCAAUGUCAAAUUCUAGAUAGAGCAAUUCAAUGUCUUUUCAUUGCUGGUUGUCAUGAAGAAGCUUUAUUGUAUACUAGAAACUAUACAAAUGAUAAUCCAUUAGAUAUAGUUUAUCUUAUAAAAUUAUUUAGACAAUAUUCCUUAUAUCAAGGUUGUCAUUUUACAAUUAUAUUUUUAGAAUUUUAUAAUUCAAUUAGAAAUGAAUUAGAAAAUAGAAGAAGAGGAAGAAAUAAUAAUAAUAAUAAUAAUAAUAAUAAUAAUAAUAAUAAUAAUAAUAAUAAUAAUAAUAAUAAUAAUAAUAAUAAUAAUAAUAAUGGUGGUGGUUUUGAUGAAGAUGAUCAAGGUGGUAGAUUUAUAAAUAAUAUGACAAUUGAAGCUGAUACUAUUGGUCAAGUUUUUGAUAUUAAUAAUAUUUCAGAUUCAAAUGAUAUCACUACUUUAUUAACAGAAUUAAAGAAACUUUUUAAAACUCUAAAAAAAGAAUCACCAAUUAGAACUCCAACUCAAACAUUUUCAAGAUUAUCAAAUUUCUUUUCAUCUUUUCAAACAAUUAGAGUAAAUAGAACAGAGUAA